AAAUUUCAGAGCAGUGAAAAAAAAUGAAAGCGGCUAUUGACGUGAAUCAAGGAAUCAGUGGUCAAAAAGGUGUUACUAUAAAGAACUAUAAGACCAGCCCACGGCUCACGUAUAAGACGGUAACUGGUGUGAAUGGUCCAUUGGUUAUUCUGGGUGAUGUGAAAUUUCCCCAAUACGCCGAAAUUGUACAAUUAACGCUGCCUGAUGGGACGAAACGUUCUGGACAAGUUCUUGAAAUCACCCGCAAUAAAGCCAUUGUCCAGGUUUUUGAAGGAACUGCGGGAAUAGAUGCCAAAAAUACAUCCUGUGAAUUCACAGGCGACAUUCUGCGGACACCUGUCUCGGAAGAUAUGCUUGGCCGUAUAUUAAAUGGUUCUGGCAAACCAAUCGAUAAGGGUCCACCAGUUUUGGCAGAAGAUUUCCUCGAUAUCAACGGUCAACCAAUCAACCCACGAUGCAGGAUAUAUCCGGAAGAAAUGAUUCAAACAGGAAUUUCUGCAAUCGAUGUGAUGAAUUCUAUUGCUCGCGGUCAGAAAAUACCGAUCUUUUCUGCCGCCGGUCUUCCACAUAACGAAAUUGCGGCACAAAUUGUACGUCAAGGUGGACUUGUUAAAUUACCUGAUAAGCACUAUGAUGUCAAGGAUGAUAACUUUGCUAUCGUUUUUGCGGCUAUGGGUGUUAAUAUGGAAACCGCACGAUUUUUCAAGCAGGAUUUCGAAGAGAAUGGUUCCAUGGAGAACGUUUGCCUGUUUUUGAAUCUUGCGAAUGAUCCAACUAUCGAACGCAUUAUUACGCCUCGUCUUGCACUGACCGUUGCCGAAUUUUUGGCCUAUCAAUGUGAGAAGCAUGUACUGGUUGUUCUGACUGACAUGUCUUCGUAUGCUGAAGCACUUCGGGAGGUAUCAGCAGCUCGAGAAGAGGUGCCUGGACGGCGUGGUUUUCCAGGCUACAUGUAUACUGACUUGGCUGCCAUAUAUGAACGUGCUGGUCGUGUAGAAGGACGUAAUGGUUCGAUUACUCAGAUUCCCAUCUUGUCAAUGCCCAAUGAUGACAUAACACAUCCAAUACCUGACUUAACCGGCUAUAUUACCGAAGGACAAAUCUAUAUAGACCGUCAGUUGCACAACCGUCAAAUCUACCCACCGAUCAAUGUGCUACCAUCACUGUCACGUCUGAUGAAGUCAGCCAUAGGUGAAGGGAUGACACGUGAAGAUCAUUCAGAUGUUUCCAAUCAACUGUACGCAUGUUAUGCUAUCGGAAAAGAUGUACAAGCAAUGAAAGCUGUGGUGGGUGAAGAAGCUUUAUCUUCAGAUGACUUGCUCUAUCUCGAGUUCUUGACGAAGUUCGAAAAAAAUUUCAUAUCGCAGGGUAACUAUGAAAAUCGAACAGUUUUCGAAUCCUUAGAUAUUGGAUGGCAGUUAUUGCGAAUAUUCCCACGUGAAAUGUUAAAGCGUAUUCCUGGAUCAACAUUAGACAAAUAUUAUCCAAGAGGAGGAGGGGCAAAGGAUAUCAAAGAGAUCAAGGGAAGAGAAGGAAAUAAAAGACCUGUUUCAGUCAAGAGUUAAACAUUAUUUCAUAAAUUCAUUCCUUCAUAAAUCAAGGCUGCAAAACUUUUCCGUUGGUGGAUUACAUCUUUUAUAUGUCAUUGUUUUUAAUGGUUUAAUUUCACUUCAAUUCUUACUAUGAUUGUAGUUUGUGAUAGUAUCGUAUGAGUCGGACAACAAGAUCCAUUCAUACUACCAUGUGGGUCUGCUACGAGCUCGGCAUUCUAGUAGGAAAAUCCCAAAUCUGGAUUUCGAGGUGAAAUCGAAAAUGCAGUUUCUUAUGUAGCUCUAAAUUGACACUGGAAUGUCUGGCGCAACAGUAAUUUAUUUCACUUUCUCUUACGAAUUGUAUCUUUACAAAUAUUUUUACUUGCAUAGUAAAAGAUUUCAUAUUAGUGGUAGAUAAGUUCUUUCUUGCCACAUGUUGUGAAUUUGUGAUUCUAUAGUAUUAGUAUUUAUAGUAAAUAAACAUUACCGCAGAUUGACUUAGAAAUGUAAGUCGUAAUUUUUUAUCUAUCCAGUGUGUUGAUGUUACGUCCCAGCUGAUUAAUGCUAAAACAGUCAGGAUUAGGUACAUUUGGCUGAAUUGCAAACGCAUAUAUCAUGCUUCCGUGGACGACUGAACGACUUACUGGGUCUAUUUUCAAAUUACAAGCCAUGGUUGAAAAUGGAUCUUUAAG